CCGGUGCGCUCGCUCUGCCUCGCCUGGGGCAUGGCCAGUGAUUCAUUUCUACUGCCAAAGCCCUGUGUUGACAUUGAAAGGGUGUUAUCGCGGGUGCUGGUACACCGGUGAGGGUGUACCCGUUGGUAUAAGAACAAAGCCGCGGUGCUGCCCGUACCCACAGAGCCCAGCCGAGACCAGCACUGCCGCCGAGCCGCCGACAUGAAGCACCUCCUCCUCCUCGCCGUGCUCUGCCUUUCCUUGGCCAGCAGCUUGAAAAGGGUGACCCUGAAGCGGUACCCCUCCCUGAGGAAGUUGCUGCGGGACCGCGGGCAGCUCUCCCACUUCUGGAAAGCCCACAGGCUGGACAUGGUCCGGUACAGCGAGGACUGCACUGCCUUCACGGAGGCCAACGAGCCCCUCAUCAACUACCUGGACAUGGAGUAUUUUGGGCAGAUCUCCAUUGGGACCCCCCCCCAGAACUUCACCGUGAUAUUCGACACGGGCUCCUCCAACCUCUGGGUGCCAUCCGUCUACUGCGUCAGCAAAGCCUGCGCUAAGCACACCAAGUUUCAGCCGUCACAGUCCAGCACGUACCAGGCGGUAGGGACUCCCUUCUCCAUCCAGUACGGGACCGGCAGUCUGACGGGGGUCAUCGGAUCUGACCAAGUAGUUGUUGAGGGCCUCACCGUGAGCAACCAGCAGUUUGCAGAGAGCGUCAGUGAGCCAGGAAAAACCUUCCUGGAUGCCGAAUUCGAUGGGAUCCUGGGGCUGGCUUACCCCUCGCUGGCCGUGGAUGGGGUCACCCCCGUCUUUGACAACAUGAUAGCACAAAAUCUGGUGGAGCUGCCGAUGUUCUCCGUCUACCUGAGCACGAAUCCUGAAUCCUCCCUGGGAGGAGAACUGCUUUUCGGUGGCUUUGACCCCUCUCGCUUCACGGGGACCCUGAACUGGGUGCCGGUCACCCAGCCAGGGUACUGGCAGAUCCAGUUGGACAACAUCCAGCUGGAUGGGACAGUGGCUUUCUGCGAGAAUAGCUGCCAGGCCAUCGUGGACACCGGGACGUCGCUCAUCACAGGUCCCACCAAGGAUAUAAAAGAAUUGCAAAGCUAUAUUGGUGCCACACCUGUGGAUGGAGAGUACGCCGUGGAGUGCAGCAACCUCAACGUGAUGCCCGACGUGACCUUCACCAUCAACGGGCUCCCCUACACGCUCAGUGCCCAGGCCUACACCCUCAUGGAGUACAGCGACAACAUGGCCUUCUGCACCAGUGGCUUCCAGGGGAUGGACAUUGCCCCUCCUGCAGGACCCCUCUGGAUUUUGGGCGACGUUUUCAUCCGUCAGUUUUACUCCGUCUUUGACCGUGGAAAUAACAGGGUGGGGUUGGCCCCUGCCACCCCUUAGGGCUGUGGCAUCCCAUGGGGCAGGAGGGGAAUGGAGCCACUGGGCUGCUGCCCUCGGGCAGGGCGGGGGAUUUCACGGCUGCAUCAGUGUCCCCAGAGGUGAUGAAGACACCUGGGGACUGCGGCUGAAGAGCCCAGCAGAAGUUCAGUCCGCACCAGAAAGCCAUUUAAUAACGAAUAUAAAAAUGUCUUGAGCAGCUCUGUGAUCUGCUUUGCAGAUUCUCUUUUUUCACACACGGGUCAAUAAAAGCUUUAAUAAAACAAAAC